AUGAAAUCAGCUGUCCCAAAAAUUGUCAUCCGACCACGAGCAUCUUCGGCACGCAAUGCAGCUACGCCUUCAGCUGCUGCUACACCAACGAGCGAAGCAGGCUCCGCCCAUGAAGAAGAUGGGGAAGAUGUAGAACACGACGAAUCCAACGCAAUGGAUGUCGACCAGGAGAAUCUGGACGACGAUGCAGGCUCAGGGUCUGAAGACCAAGCCGAAAAUGAUAGUGUCUCAGGUCGUGCCGCUACCCGACCAAGAGGCAGGCCGAAAGGGAAAGGGAAGGCCGUUAGCAGUGGAACAAGUACUCCUCGUGCCCGUGGUCGAGGUAGGGGUCGUGGUCGAGGCAGAGGACGAGGCGGAAAUUCUCUACUUAUCAGGCUACCAAAACGGAACGAUGACGACACCGACGCGGAUGAAGGAGAGGAUGCGGACGUCGAGGGAGCUGAUGCAGUUGAUGAUAACGACGCUGAGAAGGAAGCACCUAUCGGGGGAGGGAAACCAUUCCGAAAGAUUCACGGAGAGGUCUAUGUUAUCGACGGGGAUGAAUUCAUAACGCCAGAUAAUCCAAAGGGAGACGAAAAGAUUGACAAGUUUGGAAACCUUCUUGGAGGUCGUCGAUUUAAAGCAGCUACAUUCAUUCUUCCCAAUCGGCAUCCACAGAGAAUGUAUAUGCUUGCCAUUGAUGCUGCUCGCACAUCUGGCUUCAGGGACUCACUAUACUACUUCCGUCGCAACCCCCUUGCCUUUAAGCUCAAUGCCACGCAACCAGAAAAGGACUACCUCAUCGCUGAAGGAAAGCUGGGAUCACAUCUCCGUACAAGAAGUGUCACCCUCGUUACAGCAAGAAGUGCAUUCAAACUACACGGAAGUAAAAUGGUCAUCGACGGUAGAUGGGUAACGGACGACUACGACGAAGAAAAGGUUCUAGAAGAGCUCGCCGAACGGGGUGCAAAACCCGGAGACCUCGUAGGAGAGCUUCCAGAUCCCAACGCAGGGCACCACAACAAUGAACUGUCUGCCUUGAACGCCAGUGCAACAGGUGCAUCCAGCAACAAAAACGAACGUGGCGGUGGCGGUGGCGGCAUCUACCGUGCUGGCGGGCCAACCACCUUGUUUGGCGGAAGUGGAUGGGGUCCGUACAGUGAUGGACCGUUGAACGCUGUCCGGAAGAGUCUACUAUCACGCGACGGCGUGGACGAAGAAAACUGGAUGCUAAUGAUGGCCAAACGGGUUUCCGAAGCAAACGAAGACUGGACAAAGCAGAGGAAAGAGAACCUGAAAGUUGUCGAGGGUGUAGAUGGGUUGGUAAUGGGAGGUGCAUUGCUACCUCCUUCCGGUCCCACUCAACUUCCAGAUGUCUCCAAAAAAUGGAAAGAAGAGGAGGAAGACGGAGACGAGACAGGAGAAACAAAUGAUGGGAAUGUAACUAUCACGGAUGCUGCGAUGCCUAAUUCAAAGAAGCGGAAAGUGAUGUUCGAGGAUAACACACCUGUUGUUGGUGUGUAUGAGCCUCAUGGAAACCUUAUACAUUACCGUUCCGAUACCCAACCGACUAGGUGUCGGUGGGAAGCUCUGCCUGACUCAGCCACCAAACGACGCGUAAUUGGGGGUACCAAAGUGGGCAAUGGCGCAUGGGCACUGGCAUGGGUGGAUACCGUGAUGGAGUUCCCAGAUCCUUCGUCAGAACUCACUACACCUGAAGCGCAAUAUCGGGAGAAAUUGAUAAAGGAGGUAGAGGCAUCCGGAGAGAUGCCAAUAGAUCUCACGUAA